GGAUGCGGCAUGAGGGGGGGAUGUGUAUUUAUCUUUAUCUCGGUUAUGUAUUUGGGUCAGCAGGAUAAAGUGAUCUUAGAACUUUGUCAGAAAGGACCGACUGAGUCAUGUUUCAGCUGACAAUAGAAGGAGCCCAGAAACUGAUCUAAAAGUUACAACACAAAGCAGCCACACACACAAAACUCCUGCCUUCAUCUUUCUGCUUCACUGUUUCCUGAAUACCUGAAGCACAUUAUAGGCUGAAUCCCAAACCGCCUCCUACACACUAUCCCUACACACUACCCCUCCGUUUGCGGGUUCCCGUGGAGGGUCCUCCAUAUUAAGGGCCGUCCCAAACCGCGUAGUGCGGAGGGAGAGUGGACUGUUCAGCCCUUAAAUAGCAAGUCUGCAUUGAUGCUCACUCUGGACAACUUUUUCAGGAAGUGCAACGUCGAAAUGGAGGAGGAAACAACAUAUCGAUGUGAGUUCCACAUCCGUUUAUUUCUCCCACGCCUUUUUCACACUGACAGAACAUCACAAAAAGAGUGAUGUAAAAAGAUAAAACAAAAGAAACAAUUCUUCUUCUCUGCUGAUGUUUGAUUUAAUUGUGCACCCCCUGACACCUUAAAAUUUGAACACAACUGACAGAAUUCAUUUAUUCAUUCAUUCAUUUGUUGGAUUUGAAAUGCCAGAUAAUAGGAUUGGAAAACAUGUGAGUGAAAAAAAGUGGGAUGCUUUUGUCUUCUGGAAGCAGCAGCGAUCCUUGUUAGUUGCAACCUGUGCCACAGCGCUACGGCCAUGACAGUAGGCGUCUUUGUGUUACCAUGGCGAUGACGUCUUCCGUUUUCCGGUGAGGCGACAGGGCGUCCCAUUCCUGCCGAUCGUAUUUAUACCCUCCCCCUUCAAUAAUAGGUGCCCUCCACAGCUGCGAGUGUGACUUCUUUUGGAGUGACACUCGGUAGUGGAGGGGGAGUGUGUAGGGGGGGUUUGGGAUUCAGCCAUAGUGUCCUUAAAGUAGGCUGAGGAUUCUGGGUAAUAUGUGUCAUUUACAGUGACGGGAAUGUAAAUGCUUUGUUUUAAUAUUUGAAUCCAUGAGACUGUUUCAUAUUUUGUCAGACACUGUAGACCUAAAAGGGUUGUAAAUUUCAAUCUUUGUUAGGGAACUAUAAAUAAUCCGUACUGUUACAGCUGUGUUGGUGAGGAAAUUAGUAGGGAUGGCCAGAAUAGUCGUUUCUGGCUUCCGAAUAUUCGGGCCAUGUUAAAGACGAACAUCCGAAUAUUCGUUCCGCCCCGUAACGUCCGACGGGGUGGGGGGUUAGCGAGGGCGAGGCGAAUAUUCAGAUACCAAAAUUAAUAUCCGUAUACCGCCGUAGCGAACGAUUAUUUGGGUUAUUCGGGUCCAGCCCUAGAAAUUAGACAGAAAAGGAGCGAUGCUUUCAUUAAAAAAUUCUGAUGUUUAAGUAGGUUUUGUGAGAAGACUUAAGGCACCAGCUCAAGUUAAGGACACAUUCAACUCCUGUGACAAGAAUAAUGUUCAAAUGAUACGAAGAUCCUUGAUCCCGUUUGUGUUUUGAUGGAAAAGAUUACUGCGGCGAAGUAGGUGGGAAAACUGAUUCUACAAUUCUACAGUUUAAUUUAGCAGAGGCUUUUGUCCACAGUGACGUACAACACAAGCAAGAAUUCAGACAUAAGGAAAAACCUGUAGUAAGUGAUAAACAGAGAAGCUCUGAGCUAAAAAAAAAAACUGUUAGAUUUUGUCAUUAUAAAACAUUCUCUUCCUCAACUAUUGACAAAAAAGGGAAAAAUAUGCAAUUAAAAUAUUCAAGAAAUACAUUACAGUUCAAAAGUUUGGGGUCACCCAGAUAAUUCUGUGUUCUCCAUGAAAACUCCCACUUUUAUCCAUGAACUAACAUAACUGUACAAGGGUUUUCUAAUCAUCAAUGAGCCUUUCGACACCAUUAGCUAACGUAAUGUAGCAUUAGAACACAGGAGUGAUGGUUGCUGGAAAUGUUCCUCUGUACCUCUAUGGAGAUAUUCCAUUAAAAAUUCCCAGUUAGAAUAAUCAUUUACCACAUUAACAAUGUCUACACUGGAUUUAUCAUUCAUUUAAUGUUAUCUUCAUUGGAAAAAAACUGUUUUUCUUUCAAAAAUCUGGACGUUUCCAAGUGACCCCAAACGUUAGCAUGGUAGUGUACAAGAGAUAUAGACACAAAAUUAGCCAUGCAUAGAGAUAUGUUUAAAAAUAAAAUACAAAUAUACCACUAAAUAUGAAUUUAAAAAGCCUCAACCUGCAUGCAACAAGAACACGGAAUAAAACUGAAGCUUCGACAUAAAUAAUAAUGAAGAAAAAUGAACAAAACAGUAAACAAGCUUUGAUGUCUAAAAUGAUUCAUAUCAGAUAUUAAUCAUCAGACAAACAGUGAAGUGAUCUGAUUAAUCUGGUAAUUGUGAUAAAGACUUACUCCAUUUCAUUUCUAGUCAUCUAUCUUAUAUUGUCCAAACUUUUAGUAGCUCUUUUCUUUCCUCUGUUGUUCUGUGUACAGUUUAUAUUAAUAUAUUAUUGUUAGUUGUAGUUGUGCAAAUAAAUCCUAACCUUUUUUUUAAUUAUUUGUAUUUCCUUCCUGACAUCUUUUAGCAGGAAGCCAUGACUGGAUUCAGGGGAAACAUGAUGCGGAUUAGACAAAACCUCUCAUAUUUCUCUUUACUAAGACAAAAAAUCUGAACCACAGCCUGAUCCAAAUCUAAAAAAAGACAGAUAUGCUGUUAGCAGAGAGGCUGAACAUUUCUGCUGCAGCACCAACGGCAGCCUUGUUCUUUACCGAUCCUUCAGUCCUGUUCCUGCAUGCAGAGUCCUGCUGGUUUUCUCCCCUCCCAGCUAACUGUCGUUAAUGGUACACACCUUGUAUCCCAGGUGUGAAGCCACAACAGAGCAGAAACCUGGACUGAGACCUGCACUUUCUGAAUAUGGUGUGAGCUAUCGGAUAUCACGUCUGGCUUCGUCCACGUCUGUAAGUGCAGUUGUGUGUGGAGGGGGUGGGGAGAGAGGCAGCACCUGAGGUAACAGGUAGAGGAACAUUUUCUCCACCUUUUCUUCCGCUGUGAGGCCAGACGGCAGGAUGAGAUCCCGCUGGGUUAAAGCUCUCCUCCUGGUCUGCGUCGUGGCUUCGGCCUUGUUGUAUCUCGGCUCCAUCAAGAGGGAGGUCCACACCCACGGCGAGAGACUCCAGAGGGCCCACCAGAACGACUCCAUCAGGGGCCAGGGAAUGCUCCAGAGGAUGGAGAAGAUGGAGACGGACAUCAACAGGCUGCUAAAUCUGAUGAAUAAGCUUGAAAAGAGGGAACAGGAUGCUGAGGUGAAGCCGGAGGUGAAGAAGGAGAGGAAGGUGGUGAGGAAGCUGUACCCGAACUCUGCUCUGUUCAGUAAGUGGGGCGACGAGCUGUCGGAGGAGGAGCAGAAGGAGGCCGAGGGGUUGUUUCAGAGGUACGGCUACAACGCCUUCCUCAGCGACAGGCUUCCCCUCAACAGAGAGAUCCCCGACACCCGGCCGCCCAGAUGUGCUGAGAAAAAGUAUCCAGAGGUUCUGCCCACCGUCAGCGUCGUGUUGAUCUACCUGGAUGAAGCUCUUUCCGUCAUUAAAAGAGCCAUCCGCAGCAUCAUCGACAAAACCCCACAGCGGCUGCUCCAAGAAAUCAUCCUGGUGGACGACCACAGCAGCAACGAGGAUUUAAUGGAGAAACUGGACGAAUACGUCAACUCCAUCCACGAGGAGCGUACAGACCUGGUGAAGAGAGUUCGACACUCUCAGCAGCUCGGCCUCACUCAGGCCCGGCUGUCGGGGUGGAAGAUGGCGGUGGGAGACGUGGUGGCCAUCUUGGACGCUCACAUAGAAGUCCAUGUUCAAUGGGCAGAGCCGCUGUUAGCUCGGAUUAAAGAGGAUCGCACCGUGAUCCUGACGCCGGUUUUCGACAAAGUCAGUUUUGAUGACUUGACUCUGAAUCCCUACAUUCCUGCAGCCGACGCCUUCGACUGGGCUCUGUGGUGCAUGUACGAGUCCUUCAGGCCCGAGUGGUACGCACGAAAGGACGACUCGCAGCCUGGCAAGAGCCCCUCCAUCAUGGGGAUACUUGUAGCUGAUCGCAAGUUCUUUGGAGAGAUUGGAAGCCUUGAUGGAGGGAUGAAAAUAUACGGCGGUGAAAAUGUGGAGCUCAGCAUCCGGGUGUGGCUGUGUGGAGGAAGUAUAGAAGUUAUACCUUGCUCUAAAAUAGCUCACAUUGAACGAGCAUCAAAGCCUUACCUCCCAGACCUGAGUGUCAUGAUGAAGCGUAACGCGCUGAGAGUGGCUGAGGUGUGGCUGGAUGAAUACAAACACAAUGUCAACGUUGCCUGGAACCUUCCGAUCGAGAAUCACGGGAUAGACAUCGGGGAUGUGUCGGAGAGGAAGAAGCUGAGGGAGAGGCUGAAGUGUAAACCUUUUCAGUGGUAUCUUGAUAAUGUUUACCCCAUGCUGGACCCGCUGGAUAACCUGCUCGGUUAUGGAGCUCUCAUUAAUGAUCUGAACCUAGAUCUCUGUGUGGACCAAGGCCCGGUGCCGGGGAACACACCUAUCAUAUAUUCAUGCCACUUCUACCAGCCUCAGCACUGUUUUUAUCGCACUGAUGGACAACUCUACAUCGGUGGGAUCAAAUCCCACAAGUACAACAACAACCGCUGUUUGGUGGACCUCGCGACUGGAGUCUACCCAGGACUGUACGACUGCAAGACAGCUCAGCAGAAGAAGUUUGCCAUGCUGUGGGACUUUAAACAGGGAGGACCAAUCCAGAACAGGGAAACUAAGAGAUGUCUGGAAAUUGGGAUAGGUGAGGACGGUUAUUACAAACUUUUUGUGCAGAAGUGCAGUGGUCAGAAGUGGAAGAUACAAAAUCUAAUUAAAAACAACUGAAGGACUGGUGGGCAGGUCUCAGAGGACAGCGUGAAAAAUGUGCUGUCAUUGCACAAAAACUGCACCUAAGAUCUCCUUUUUUACGGCUUCACGAGAAUGACGCGAUGCAUCAGCAAAAAACAUCUGCUUCACCGAGAAGACGUCAUCAGUUUUAUUAAUUUUAAUGACUGUACUUGUUUGUCAAGUGUAACUUUGUGACAAUAUUUGAACUACUAUUGAGUAACUGACUUUUGUUUUAUGGCUUUGACUGUGGAAAUGUCCUUGUGAACAUUUGCUAUUUCAGUUUUGUUGUUGUACUGAACUAUAUUAAACAACGUGUGGAUCACUUUUCUCACCAGCGA